AUGUCGUCGUCGUCGAGUAGCCUGCAGCUGCCGUGCCUGGCCGUGGAGUACCGAUGGACGGGCACCGGCAACUGUGCCACGACAUCAAUGUUCACCGUGGCCGGGAAGAAGCAUCAAGAUCAGCCAAUCACCGUGCGCACGGACUCCAACGAGCUCUUCAACAAGUGCUUCUGCCCGACUCCACAAGGGUGGAUCCUCGUCCGGGAUCGCCAGGACGUCACCGACACGUACCUGCUAGACCCCCACACCCACCACGACCAGGAGAACAAUAGUUACAAGACACGUAGCAUCGCUCUCCCUCCAUUGCUGGUCGACCAGGACGAUCUCAUCCACUGCACCUGCCUCCUCUCAGACAAGCCAAAUUCCCCUUCCUGCGUCCUUCUCGUGGUCGAGCCCUACGAGCCCGUCAUCUGGUACGUGAACGUCAAGGGUGACCGGUGCUGGACGAGGCACCAGUACGAUCUCGGGGUCCAGGGCGACGAAGAAACCUCCGGGUUGCAACACAAGAUCCUCAUGAGCUCCGCCGCCGCGUGCCGGGGCAAGUUCUACUUCAUGACCUCGCCCAAGGACUUCGGCGUGCUCGAGUUCUCGCCGGGGCCGGUGUUCGCCUCGUUGGCCGUGGACGAUGGCGGCUACGACCCCAAGGAGUCCGCCAAGGCGUUCCUGGUGGAAUCCGACGAGGAGCUCUACAUGGUGAGGCAGCUGCAUGAUCGGGACUACAACGAGGCCGUCGUGUACAAGAUGGAUCGUGGCCGUCGUCAAUGGCGCGCCGCGCGUGAUCUCGGCGGCCGCGCCUUCUUCGUGGGCCCGUUCGGCUUUGGGGCGUCGUGCUUGGCUGGAGAUCUGUAUCGGUCUGACUGUGUCUACUCCCUUGUUGACCCGUUGGACAAGCGUUUCAGGAUCUUCGACGUCACGGAUGGGACCGUGGAGUGGCUCAAGAUUGAAGAAGCUUGGGUUUACAGGUUCAGAGAUGAACAUGGCAUGGAUCCCCGACAAAUUAUGCACCGACUAGUCCGCAGAAUGGCAUGGAUGCUCCCAAUUGAUCCCAAAGCUGCUUAAUUAGCUACUCCUACAUGCAAACUGAAUAGGAUUUUUUUUCUUGUUUCUCAAUUAAUUUUUAGUCAUGCGACGGUAUUUCUUGGUGUAUUCUUAGCGCACACAUAUGUUUUGGGCAAUUUCGAAGUUUUAACUGCCGUAUCAAUGAAUUUCUUCCUUUUAAA